CAUUACAUUAUCUCAAUCUAUCUCUCUCUUUCUUUCACUUUAUUAUUUUUUUUGUUUCGAUUUAGAAACAGAAACUGUGUCUCAACUUCACUAUUAGCAAAUCAAAUUUCUCUGAAAACAUUCACUUGAGUUGAGGAGCUUCUCACUUCUUCCAUGGCUGAAACCACGCGCUAUGUUCCUCCAAACCAAUUAGAUAUUGAACAAAUUAUUUUGGAAGCACAGCAUCGAUGGCUACGUCCAGCAGAAAUUUGUGAAAUUCUCAGUAAUUACAGGAACUUUCGAAUUGCUUCAGAGCCUGCAUAUAUGCCACCAAGUGGUUCACUUUUCCUAUUUGAUCGGAAGGUGAUGCGAUACUUUAGAAAGGAUGGUCAUAACUGGAGGAAGAAAAAAGAUGGGAAAACAGUCAGGGAAGCUCAUGAGAGACUUAAGGCAGGAAGUGUGGAUGUACUGCACUGCUACUAUGCCCAUGGAGAAGGACAUGAAAAUUUUCAAAGACGCACUUACUGGAUGCUUGAAGAGGAACUCUCACACAUUGUUUUUGUCCACUAUCGGGAUGUGAAGGGAACCAAAGCAAAUUAUAGAUGGGCUAAAGAAAAUGAAGAAUCUCUACCAUCUCAACAAACUUACAAAAUUAUGCCCAACACAGAGACAGAGGUGAAGACUUCUAUAUCAUCCACUCUUCAUCCACGCGGUUACCAGGUUCCUUCACAAACUGUAGAUACAAGCAUGAACAGUGCUCAAACAUCAGAAUAUGAAGAAGCUGAAUCAGCAUUCAAUAACCAUGCUAAUUCUGAGUUCUACUCUUUCCUUGAGCUUCAACACCCUGUUGUUGAGAACAGUAAAGCUCAAAUUGCUGAUUCGUAUUGUCCUUUGCCACUCAAAGAUGACCGAGCAAAGUUUCCUGUCAUUCCUGGAGUGAACUAUACUUCGCUUGGUCAAGCCAAUAAAAUCAAAGACAUUCAUAAUGUUGGAUUGACGUAUGAACCCUCAAAGUCCCUUGGCUUUUCAUCUUGGGAAGAUAUCUUAGGAAAUAAUGGUGGAAGUCAUCAUGUGCCUUUUCAGCCUUCAUUUUCGGAAACACAAUCGAAUGACAAAGGAAUCAAUAGGGAUCCCUCUCAAGCAUAUGAGAUAAUGGGGCAACAUUUUACCAUCAGCAUUGAUGAACAGCACGGCAAUGGAAGUCCCAUAACACCUGAAGGAAGUUGGCAGGCUUCUGAGUUUAAUUCUUUAAGCAUGUCCAAUUCACCCAUAGAUGGUUUGUAUUCAGGCUCAACAUGUGAGGUUAUUUAUAGCAACUGUGCACAGGAAGUUUAUGAAGUUGAUUUUCAAAAAUCCAUGGAACAGUGUCUUCUACAUCCAUACAAACAAAACAAGUUUCUUAUGCAAAAUGACCCCCAAGAAAAUUCUUUGAAAGAAAAAGACAGCCUAAAUUCAGAUAUAGAGGCCAAUAGAAGCCUGGAUGGAAUAGAAGACACGUCUCUCUCUCUAAAGACAAAUCUGUUAGAUGGAACACAAGAGGGUCUGAAGAAGCUUGAUAGUUUCAACCAAUGGAUGAGUAAAGAACUUGGAGAUGUGGAAGAAUCAAAUAAGCAAUCAACUUCUGAUGCUUAUUGGGAUGCAGUCGAAAGUGAAAAUGGAGUUGACAGUACAACUAUUCCUUCCCUGGACACCUAUGUACUGGAUCCAUCUGUUUCCCAUGAUCAGCUUUUUAGCAUUAUUGAUUAUUCCCCAAGCUGGACAUUUGAAGGCUCAGAAACUAUGGUUCUCAUUUCAGGGCAAUUCUUAAGGAGUCAACAUGAAGCAGAACAAUGUAAAUGGUCAUGCAUGUUUGGCGAGAAAGAAGUGCCAGCAGAGAUAAUUGAAAAUGGUGUUCUUUGCUGUCAUACUCCCCCACACAAGGCUGGAAGAGUUCCUUUCUAUGUAACUUGUUCCAAUAGGUUAGCAUGUAGUGAAGUACGAGAAUUUGAUUUCCGGGUAAACUAUUCUCCGGAAAUCAACACUGCAGGUGAGAACAGAGGCAGCAUUGUUGAUAUUUUUAACAUACGAUUCGGAGAACUGUUGUCCCUCGAGCAUGCCUUACCUUCAAGCUCAGAUUCACAGAGUAUAAGUGAGAAAUCUGAACUGAGAAAUGAAAUCAGCUCUUUGCUGAGGAGGGAAGAUGAUGAUUGGGAUAAGCUGCUGAAACUUACUCUAGAGAUAGAUUUUUCUCCAGAAAUUUUACAGGAGCAGCUGCUUCAAAAUCUACUGAAAGAUAAGUUAUUGGCAUGGCUCCUUCACAAAAUUACUGACGAUGGGAAAGGCCCUAAUGUCUUAGAUGGGGGUGGUCAAGGCGUGCUCCAUUUUGCGGCUGCUCUUGGCUAUGACUGGGCUCUAGAACCCACAGUAGUUGCAGGCGUGAAUGUGAACUUUCGCGAUGUACAUGGAUGGACUGCUCUUCAUUGGGCAGCAUUUUGUGGCAGGGAGCGAACAGUGGCUUCACUCAUCUCUCUAGGCGCAGCACCGGUAGCACUGACCGAUCCAUGCCUUGCAUACCCUUCUGGUAGAACACCAGCUGACCUAGCUUCGGCAAAUGGACACAAAGGAAUUGCAGGGUUCCUUGCUCAAUCCUUCCUGCAUGCACAGCUCUCAUCUCUCGAUUUGAACAGGAAUAUGGGAGAAACUUCUGCAGCAAAAGUAUUUCACAGAAUCCAAGAACAAAACACUGCACAAGUUAAUCAUUAUGAGGGCCUGUCAUAUGAACUAUCAUUGAAAGAUUCACUGGCUGCAGUGUGCAAUGCCACCCAAGCUGCUGCUCGCAUUCAUCAAGUUUUCAGAGUGCAAUCCUUCCAGAGAAAACAACUCAAGGAACAUGGUGAGGACAGAUUUGGAAUAUCUGAUGAACAGGCUCUUUCACUUGUCACAAAGAAUGUGAAACCACACAAAUCUGGACAACGCAAUGAGCCUGCUCAUGUUGCUGCAACACGAAUCCAGAACAAGUUCCGCGGUUGGAAAGGCAGAAAAGAAUUUUUGCUGAUUCGACAAAGAAUCGUAAAAAUUCAGGCUCAUGUGAGAGGUCACCAGGUUAGGAAGAACCAUGGGAAGAUAAUUUGGUCAGUUGGAAUUCUUGAAAAGGUUGUUUUACGUUGGCGCCGAAAAGGAUGUGGUUUGCGUGGAUUUAAAUCGGAGGGAGUUUCAGAGGGAAAUAUGGUACAAGGUGAAUCUUCCACAGAGGAUGAAUAUGAUUUGUUAAAGGAAGGAAGGAAACAAACAGAGCAAAGGUUGCAGAUAGCCUUGGCUAGGGUUAAGUCAAUGGUUCAGUAUCCAGAGGCUAGAGACCAAUACCAUAGGCUGUUGAAUGUUGUAACUGAGAUCCAAGAAAAUCAGGUAAAGCACGAGAGGACUUCUAACAAUUCAGAAGAAACAAGAGAAUUUGAUAACCUCAUUGACCUUGAAGCAUUGCUGGACGAAGAUAUUUUCAUGCCAACUGCAACUUAGAAGCUAGUUUCCAUCUGUUUCGUUGUUCAUUGUAUGGCUUAACAUCUAACAGCAGAGUAAACUGAUGAAUUGUCUUAUUAUAAUCAUUAUAGUAAAAUCUUAACUCA